UGUGCGUGAUGCGGGUUCGGCCCCCCGUUUUAUAAAAAUGUCAGCACUCGUACGGCCCGUCUGGACGACUCCGCUGAACACACAUUCAUCAUUAUCACAAAUAAAUAAAAGAAGGCUUGAGAUCGGAGUCGACAUAGAGGCAUUUCGAGUUAACGACCGGAGAUUCGAGUGCAUCGGUAACGAAGUCUCAAUGGACGAUCAGGUCCUCAACAAACGUCGACGGCACCUGCUCGAUGAGGAGUACACGGAAGAUACCGACAUGCUACAACAGGCCUUCGCAACCAAACUGUCACAGUCCAUGCGGCUGCCCGACGAAGAUGAUGAAAAUCUUAUUCGAGAGACCCAGGCACUCAUAACACUCUCGGGAAGUUGGUCAAGGGACCAGACAAGCGGAAACAGCGGCGACGAAAACGAUGGCAACGAUUUCGAUCAUCUUUUUGAUGACAGGAGAUCCGACAAAAUGCUUCCUUCCUCUCCCUCACAAUCAUCGGAUAGCGCCGACGCCUCGCAAAAAAGUUUUAUGAUCCACAAUAUAAACGAAGAUCAUAAUAACGGGGAAUUCAAUGAAGACAAUAAACCGCCAAUAUCGUUUUCUGACCGAGAAAAGAGCGUAGAAGACGAUAGGCACAGUCGGUACUCCAAUAAUUACGACGGCCCUAAUUUUGACGAACUCGUAGACUCGUCCUCUAACGAGCUAGAAAUAGAUAUGUCUGAUCAAAUGGAUGAGAAAUACGAUGACGACCAGGACAUGAAACAUAAAAUAAAAAGCGAAAUGCUUGCCGUUAACAAGCAAUCGCUUUACAACGCAUACAAAGCAGCGACGGCAGCAUUGCCAUUUUCUACACAGUCUGCGUUCAAACCUCCGGCAGAGGUGAAACAUAAAAUCCCGGGGCCGUCGUUUCCCAGCGAACCGUUUGGCGGAUACUCGAACGAGCACGAGAAGAGUUCGGCGGCAAAGGUGUCUAAGCAGUACACGGUGCUGCAACCGGCGGGUGUGGGCUCACGUGCCGCUACCGCGCUACAGGAGGCGCGCGCGUUGCCCUCUACGCAGCCAGCUCGCGACUCUCGCAUCUACUCUACGCUCUCACCGCCGCCGCCGAGAGAAGGCAACAAGUGUCCCACUCCUGGCUGCAAUGGGCAGGGCCACGUCACUGGACUUUACACACACCAUAGAAGUCUGUCAGGAUGCCCAAGAAAGGAUAAAGUCACCCCGGAGAUCUUGGCGCUACACGAAACGAUCUUGAAGUGCCCGACGCCGGGCUGCAACGGGCGCGGACACGUUAGUUCAAAUCGCAGCACCCACCGCUCGCUCUCAGGCUGCCCCACCGCCGCUGCGCGCAAGGCCGCUGCUAGGUCACAACGCGCCAGACCACCAGUAGCUACAUUACCACAUACAUCAAUAACAACAACAACAAGCAUCGAUUCAAAUACAUCGCGUGAACGCGAAAAAGAAAAAGAGCGAGAAAGAGAACGGGAAAGAGAGCGACAACGAGAACAAGAGCGUGAACGAGAAAGAGAAAGGGAAAGAGAACGCGAACGUGAACAAGAACGUGAGCGGGAAAGAGAACGUGAGCGCGAGAAGGAGCGGGAAAUCGAAGCAGAACGCGUACAAGCGGCAUCGCCGCCGAGUCCAGAAGUGAAAAGCGAAUCGGCCGAGCUGCUGGUGCCGAAGCGCGAGGCCGCCGAGCCCGAGCGCGACUCCCCCGGCGGCAUGGAGACGCGCCACGCGGGGUACGGCGCGCCGCCCGACCAGCGCUCGCCGUACGACCGCCCGCCGGAUGACCACGUCCGCUCCUACAGCCAAAUGAACGAAGCACGCUACGGCUACGAGCCCCGGUGCUACGAGGGAACCCCGGCGUUCGAGCGCUAUGAGCCGGCGCAAUGUCCACAGCGCCCGUACGGGUGGGAAGAUGAACGCUACCAUGACCCACACCUACCAACUCCGAUGAAGACUGAUCAGUCCGAACAGGAGACCAGUUCCGGCCCAAUAUAUCCAAGACCAAUGUACCACUACGAAGCCAGUAGCGGCGUAGCGGUCGUGGGCGGCGUGGGGGCCAUGACGUCUACAAUAUUUAGUCACAAAUUUAUAAAUAGGGGUUACGGCGGCGUAAGCCCGCACCCGGUGGCAGGGUAUGGGCUGGGGCAGGGCGAGUACGCGGCUGCGGCGGCGGCGGCGGCGGGCUACGGCGGCUACCAGUACCAGUGCGGCUACCCCCCGCCCACCUACCCGCACGCGCCCCCCUACUCGCCGCCCUGCUACAUGCCGCCGCCGCACGCGCCGCACGCCUCCCACGCGCCCCACGACAAGCCUAAAGAUAACACUGUGUACAUGUGCAGUCUCUCCGGCUGUCCGCGAGCCGACCGCUCCCAGCUGCAGCCGCACUCGCAGGAGUUGAAGUGUCCCACCCCCGGCUGCGACGGCUCCGGUCACGUCACUGGCAACUACUCCUCCCACCGCUCCCUCUCCGGCUGCCCGCGCGCCAACAAGCCAAAGAGCAAGCCUCGGGAUGGACAGGACUCAGAGCCACUCAGAUGCCCUAUACCGGGCUGUGAUGGAUCUGGACACGCGACAGGGAAAUUCUUAUCGCAUCGGAGCGCUUCCGGCUGUCCGAUAGCAAAUAGGAAUAAAAUGCGAGUGUUGGAAAGCGGCGGCACGGUGGAACAGCACAAGGCCGCGGUUGCGGCGGCCGCCUCUGCCAUCAAGUUCGACGGCGUCAACUGUCCCACGCCCGGCUGCGACGGCUCCGGUCAUAUAAACGGCUCCUUCCUUACUCACCGCUCCCUGUCUGGCUGCCCCGUCGCAGGCUCCUCCACGCCCACCCCGCAGCCCAAGAAGGCGAAAUACCCGGAUGAUAUCACACCUUUAUACCCAAAACCAUAUUCAGGUAUGGAGAUGAACAUGCAAACUGGAAACGGUGAAGAUCUAAUGACCCUCGAACAAGAGAUAACAGAACUGCAGAGAGAAAACGCCCGCGUUGAAUCGCAAAUGAUACGACUGAAGUCGGACAUCAACGCGAUGGAAACACACCUCAGUCACGGCGAACGGGAGAACCAGCUGAUAUCCCAGCGGAACAACAACCUCAAUGAAUAUUACGAGAGCCUCCGCAACAACGUAAUAACGUUACUCGAACACGUGCGGAUCCCGGGCGGUGGGACGGCGCCCGUGACGAACGCCGGGGGCACGCCAGGCGCCCCACCGCCGCCCGUUCCCAACGAAAAGCCCGCGCACGACAACUUCGACUCCUAUCUUACCAAGCUGCAGACGCUGUGCUCUCCAGACGGUUACUGCCCCGACGAGAACCGACCGAUAUAUGAAACGGUGAAAAACGCGCUCCAAGACUUCACAGUGCUGCCGACACCCAUUUAAGGUUCAACAAGCGCCGUCGAAUCUGAGCGACAAUAAAUAUAUUGUCCGGCUCAGAUCGGCGGAGCUUAUACAGUGUUAAAAGACAUAGUGCAAUUUAAUUAACGACAAGUUUGAACGUUUAGCUAUUAACAAAAAAUAAACUUUCAAAGAAAAACGGUUAAACAGUGAAUGUUUUUGUGUAUAAGACUAUGUAUAUUGUAUAGUGCACCCGAAUAUUUAAGAUUAUAUUCGGUCGUUAUGUGUUCUGCUUAGGUAACAAUGUUUUGUGAACCAUUGUAUACGAUGUGUGACUACUCUUUGACGUACACACAACCAAUCUAAAAUCUUUCAAAAUAAAAAAAAACUAAAGAAGGACUUAUAGUAAGACUUAAAUAAAAUUUAAACAUUGUUACUCAUAUAUGCUUAACAUAAAACUAAAUGUUAGGAGAAAAAUUUAUACUAUUGCAUAUAAGGGAUUUAGCAUACAUAAAUAUUAUUGUCAGAUUUGGAAUGUAAAUAUUGUACUUAAUUCUAUAUUAUUAUAAUAGAAAUUAUCUUAUUGUCGCUGGGCUACGACGUGUUUAGGGAAAGGAUAAUUUUGUUUCGCCCAAAGAAAGGUAUUAAUUAGUAAUUAAGAUUAUAUGUUGACGAAUAUUUAUGUUUUAUGUUCUAAAUAAUGGGAAUGUGCCAAACGCUUGAGUCACAGCUGAUCCGCUGAUAUAUGGACUAAGCUGCGGAGAUAGAGAUUUUAAAAACGAAAUUAUAAACUCCUUAGAGGACUCUCUAGUCACAUUUGUAAAUAAAAUUGUGAAUACAUAGUUGACACGUCAUAUGGACGAUUUUAUUUAUAUUAGAUAAUAAUGAGAUCUCAUUAGUAUUAUAAAUAAUUCAGUCAUUAAUUAACCAAUUUUAGAAAUAAUGAACUACUUACUUUGUUAGUCAUGUUUCACUUUACUGUGAUUAUGUUACGUGUUACGACUUAUUUAUUGUUACCUUUACGGAAUGUGAUAGAUUAAUUGUCGCGAGUUGAUGUUGUUUUGCAAUGUUUUUAUUUGGCAAACUCAUACACAAAUUUUGUGCAAUAAUUGUUUGAAACUGUAUCUAUUUCAUAAAGUUUUGUUAAAUCUAUAUUAUUUAAAGCUUAAAAGUUCUCUCUUCAAUUCAAAAUGAUACACGAAUCGGUAAUUGUAUUCGCAUUUAAAUACUAAACCUAUUACUAUGUUACUACUCUGAUGUCAUAUACGUUUCUGUAAAAUAUUGAGUAUGUGUUGUUAAAGAGAAUAAAAAUAAUAAAUUCGAA